AUGUACUCCCUGCGCCCGUGCUGGGCUUCGGAUAUUUCAGAUCGCCUGGAACGACUCGAGAGUCUACUGCUAGAAACACUGGGCAGGAAUAGUGCUGAACAUGCCCUGGCUCCAAAACAGGAGGCCCAAGGACAAGAACCUCAGAUACAAGAGGCUCGUGCUGUACCUGUGCCUCCCACCAAGCCGACAUGUCUAAACCAUGUCAGCUCCAGACCAUGGGAAGCUCUGCUGCAAGCCGGUAAUCGGGCUCACUACGUUGACAAUACAAACCUGCUUGACCUCUUUCAAGAUGAAGACCGAAUCAACCCCCCCGAACUCGAGGAAGUGCAGGAGAGCGUGCCUGGUUCAUCCAGUGGGUUGAGCCUUGCGCUUGGUUUAUCACCCAUGGACCUGGAUUCAGGCACUGACCCAGAUCGCCUGCACCCAGACGCACGGCUCGCUCUGCGAUUAUGGACAGUAUACGCAGAGAGAGUAGAUCCAGUCCUCAAGAUCCUCCAUAUUCCAACUGCACAAUCUGCCAUGAUCGCCAUGAUCUCAGGUCCAAAGCAGACUAACCAUUCUCUCGAGGCACUGGCGUUUGCAGUCUACUUUGCUGCUGCUACCAGCUUGUCCGAAAAUGAGAUGUCGACGAUCUCAGUAGACUCUCGGCAGGGGUUCCUUCAGAAGUGCAAGCUUGGACUGAACCAGGCCAUCACAAAGGCUGAUUUUCUGAACGAGCCAAAUAUGACAACGCUCCAGGCAUUGGCUAUUUUUGCAACGUGCCUCAGGGUUCACGACAACAGCCGCGCCGUCUGGGUCCUCAUUGGAACUGCGAUCCGGCUAGCGCAGUCCAUUGGGAUUCACCGAGACGGGGCCUCGCUCAAGCUGGACCCUUUCGAGAGCGAGCUCCGUCUCAGGCUGUGGUGGCACCUCUGUGUCCUUGACUCGCGGGCGCCCGAAGACCACGGCUUCACCAACACCAUCGAAAACCUCGAUCAAGGGCUUCGGCUGCCCCUCAACGUUGACGACGCUCAGCUCUACCCUGCCAUGAGAUCUUUGCCGCCUGACUCUGAAAAAUGGACAGAAAUGACCUUUUCCCUCGUCCAGCUCGAGGCUGCGAGGCUGGUACACCGAAUCUUGAUCGCAAAACCGAGGAAUGACCUUGAAACUCCGGAGAAUAUCGAGGCAAAAUGCGCAGUGCUCGCACAGCACAACCAGUGGAUUGAGUCGAGGUUUCUAUCUUUGCCCCCAGCGUCAAAUCUUCACAAUGCUGCGUGUGCCCACUACUACACAGCGUGCGCCAAGAUCGAGUUUAUGCUUCAGGUACGCCAGGAGCUGCACCUCAGCCGGCACAGGGAGGCGCCGGGAGCCGUGUUCAGGGGCCUUGGGGAGCGGCCAUUCACCGCCGCGUGCCGCACACUGGAGAGGAGCUGGUCUCUGGCAAGCGGGCAGAUCUCAAUGGAGCACACGUGGAUCUUCAAGACCUACACCCAGUGGUACGCCCUAGCCUACGUCCUGAGGUACCUCUGUGCUUUCCCCAGCGUCCCCGAGACUGAGGAGGCGUGGGUGCUGGUCAAUCGGGUUUUCAGUUCCAUACCGUACGCCCAGAGUGGCCAGCUAGCUCGGGAGAGUAACACCGGGAGGAAUAGUAUUUGGAAGUGCCUGGAGUCGCUGCGCUGCCAGGCCUUGAACGCGAGGACAGCAGCUCGAGGCUCCUCUGUCCCUGAGCCCUCCACCCCUAAUAAUUCACAGGGCGACCCAGUAGAGGAUGGGGCACUGGCAGCUGAAAUCAGCGCCCCUUCGGUUGACCUACAGGAUCAAUUCUCCAGCUCUGAAGCUGCCUCGUUGUUUGCGGGCCAAGCGGAGCCUCCUCGUCUGUCCGAUACGACGCAGUUGGCGGAUCAAUGGUAUAGCGGGCUGCCAUCCUUUGGCGACUUUGCGAUGCCAGAGAUGCUUUACUUGCCCGAAUGGAAUGACAUUGUCAACGGGAGCUAG